AUGCCGAUCCUCGACCUCCUCGGACACGAAAUCACGCUCCAAUCUUUCAUCCGUCACUCCCACACCAUCGUUUGUACCAUCGGAAUCAUCCUGAAUAUCCUGCUACUUACCCUAAUUGCCAAAACACCACACAGCGUCGUCGGGAAAUAUUCUUAUCUUCUGUUCUCAUUCUCACUCUGCAACUUUUUAUACACGGUUGUGGACAUUUUCUUCGUACCGACCACGAUCCUCGAGGGCCGUACUUGGAUGCUCGUCACUUUAUCACCGCUUUUCGAAAACCCAUUCCUUAAUUAUAUACCUCUAAUGCUAUAUGUCUGCCUGUUCAGCCAGUCCGUCCUGUUGCUCAUGUUCCAGUUUGUAUAUCGAUAUGCGAUGGUGACUAGAGUAGCAUGGACCCUGGAUACUCAUUUGUCUAUGGGAGUUGUGCAUGAAGACGUUUUCGCCGAAAUGUCAGGGAUUUAUCAACGACAAUUUGAUGGAAAUCUUUCGGCUAUUGGAUACUUGGGACAGAGCUAUGAUCCCUCCGCGAACAGCCGCCUGUGGGUGGCCUAUUUCGGCACAUGCAACCUCCUGGCUAUGCUUGCCGUCAGCUGGGCGGUGAUCAUCUACUCGGGGUGGAAGGUGUACAAGACACUGCAUGCCUCCAGCAAGGUCAUCAGUGAGAAGACAAGACGGCUUCAGAAAGAGCUGUUCAAGGCGUUGAUCAUACAGCUGACCAUCCCCCUCUUCUUCAACUACACCCCUAUGGGAGUGCUCUUCUUCUCGGCAAUGAUCGGAAUACCUCUAAAACUAGAGCUGAUUUCACUCAACAAUGUCCCCGGCGAUGGUUCGGAUUAUUCAUACUGUGGAAUGCAGACUCCAGAUAAAAUCGUUGGGAAGUAUUCUUAUCUACUAUUCGGUUUCUCGCUGUGUAAUUUGGUGUAUGCGAUUGCGGAUGUGAUGUUUGUGCCGGUGAUUAUGCUAUCCGGAAGAACAUUCGUCCUUGUGGAUACAGCUCCUAAAUUCGAGAAUCCCACUUGGAAUUACCUACCAUUACUUCUAUGCUGCAGCUUAUUCUGCCAAACCCUCGUCCUGUUAAUGUUCCAAUUCGUCUAUCGAUAUUCUGUGGUUUGUAGAAACAAUCCGCUACCUCGGCAACCAUCGAAAAACAACAUUGCGCUGGCUGUCUCGGUUUUCAUCGGUAUAACUAUAGCUUGGACGACCACAACGCACUUUUCGAUGGGAGCCGUCGGUGAGGACGUGUCACAGGCUAUGAGACACAUUUUCACCACCAACCUGGGAAUGGACAACAUCCCGAACACCGGAUUUCUUGGCCAGAGCUACGAUCCGGCAAUCAACGGUUCCCUGUGGACUGCCUAUAUCGGGAUAUGCACCCUACUGUCCAUUCUGGGUGCAACCGAAAAGACGAGGAGACUGCAGAAGCAGUUGUUUCAAGCUCUGAUAAUACAGCUCCUCAUCCCGAUGACGUUCAAUUACUUCCCCAUGGGUUCUGUAUUUUCGUCUGCCAUCUUCGGAAUUCCCCUAAAUCUCGAGCCGAUGACGGUCCUCUUCAUGUUGGACCCAAUUUUGGAGCCGAUUGUCAUAAUAUAUUUUAUUAAAUGUUAUAGGAAACAACUGGUUCGCUGGGCCCUCUGCAAGCGUGGCCAAGUCACUUCCGAUUGGUCAAAAACCAUGCCAAAGCCUUCGAGCUCCCAUCACCGAUCCGCUUCCAUUAAUGUACAAAUUACGGACGCG